AUGGAGGUGAAUACUACAUUAUUAGGACGCAACUUCACAGACUUGCGCAUCUUAACGGAGAAACUUCUGUCGUCCGCAAACCAGUCUCAGCAGUUUCCAGACAAUGAGACGGACCGCGUCUCCCAAGACGAUUUGGACGUGAACACAGACAUAUACUCAAAAGUUUUGGUUACUGUGAUUUAUGUGCUAUUGUUUGUUGUCGGCAGUUUGGGUAAUUCGAUCACCCUGUAUACACUUGUGACGAAGAAAUCUUUGCAGAACCUCCAGAGUACGGUGCAUUAUCACCUGGCGAGUCUCGCCAUAUCAGAUCUUCUCAUCCUGAUCCUUUGCAUGCCCAUUGAGUUGUACAACUUCAUCUGGGUGCAUCAUCCGUGGGCUUUUGGGGAGGCUGUUUGCAAAGGUUACUACUUUUUGCGGGACGGCUGCUCCUAUGCGACGGCGUUCAACAUCGCUAGUCUGAGCGUGGAGCGCUUCAUGGCUAUCUGUCACCCGUUCAAGGCGAAGAGCAUCAUGUCGCGGAGCCGCACCAAGAAAUUCAUCAGCGCCAUGUGGCUCGCGUCGUUUUUGCUGGCCACCCCGAUGCUCUUCACAAUGGGACAGCGUCUCGCGGAUAAUGAGUUCAUAUGCACAACCAUCGUGUCCUCGAUAACUGCCAAAACUGUUCUACAGGUGAAUGCCUUCCUGUCCUUUCUGGUUCCCAUGGCGUUGAUCUCAGCAUUAAAUGGAGUUAUUGCCAGUCAGCUGCUGCGCAUGUUUAGGGAGACGGCACAGGACAAUCGCAUCUGCAUCGUUGGAGGCAACGCUACUAUGCUUAGUGUUGCCGUUGAGCCCAACCGUGCCCAAUCACUGCGCCAUGGAGUCAUGGUGCUACGUGCUGUGGUCAUUGCUUUUGUGGUGUGCUGGUUGCCAUACCAUGCCCGAAGACUAAUGUUCUGUUACGUCACCGAAUGGACACACACUCUCUUCGAUUUCUACCACUACUUCUACAUGGUCACAAACGUGCUCUUCUAUGUCAGCUCAGCCAUAAACCCCAUCCUCUACAAUCUUGUCUCCGCCAACUACCGGCAAAUAUUUUUUGCCACGCUUCGCUACUUCUUCCUGCCGUGCCGCCAUAAGAAACAGAAGCGCGUUCUCACAAGACACUCAGUCAGCAUCUGCAGCAACCAGACCUUCUCCACCAAUGUCAUCAAGGAGACCAUUUACUGA